AUGUCAGACAUUGAUGAGGAAACUAUCGUUAACAACAAAUGUAAAGAAAAGUGUAAAAAUAUUUAUGGUUGUUUCGAAAAUUCUUAUACUAUUCAUCGUAGAAAUGAAAAUAGUAGUAAUUUGAAUGGAAAUUAUUUUAUCGAAAUUGAAAAAUUAAACGAUUUGGAUGUUAUUUACGAAGAAUCAGAUAAGAUUUCAUGGCAUUUAUUAAAUAAACAAAAGAAAAAGAAACCUGUACCCAAACAUAAUGUUUAUUAUCAUGUCGGCGAUAAUAAUGUCGUUAUUCGACCAAUUGUUAAUAAUCCAGUGGUUACCAAUUCUGUCAAUAAUAAUCCGAUUCAAAUCAGUCGUAAUGUUAAUUCAGUUAAUCAUAAUCGAAAUUUAUUAGUUCGAAGACCACGUCUCCUAUCACGUGUCUCCACCAAUCCCAUAGUACCCGUCAGUGUCUCCAUCAACCCUAUUAUACCCAAUCGUCUGACAAACAAUACAAUUGUCGCACAUAAUCCAAUUCUAACCAAUCGAGUGGCAAACAAUGUGGCMAACAAUCCCAUUGUUCCCAAUAUUGUCAAAUCCCAUUGUUCCAACAAUAUUGUUCCCAAUAUUGUCGCACAUAAUCCAAUUCUAACCAAUAGAGUGGCAAACAAUGUGGCAAACAAUCCCAUUGUUCCCAAUAUUGUCGCACAUAAUCCAAUUCUAACCAAUCGAGUGGCAAACAAUGUGGCCAACAAUCCCAUUGUUCCCAAUAUUGUCGCACAUAAUCCAAUUCUAACCAAUCGAGUGGCAAACAAUGUGGCCAACAAUCCCAUUGUUCCCAAUAUUGUCGCACAUAAUCCAAUUCUAACCAAUCGAGUGACAAACAAUUCAAUUGUUACCAAUCGAUUGGCAAAUAAUCCCAUUAUACCCAUAAUUGAAGCAAACAAUGUGGCUAACAAUCCCAUUGUUCCCAAUAGUAUGGCAAACAAUUCAAGUAUACCCAACAAUCCAAUUGUACCCAACAGUAUGGUUACUAUUCGUCCAAAUAAUGUAUCAUUUCGUCGCCGAAAAAGUCAACUUUAUUAA